GCUAAAGGUCGAGUCCGGCCGGCGUUUGGCUCGACUCUUGCCUAUCGCUCAUAAUGACACUGACAGCUGCCCCGGCAUCGACGCCGCCCCCGUCCUCCUCCAAGCCGACGAUGAAGAACGUCCCCCCGCUCGCGAACACGCCGUCGCCGUACGAGAUCCCCACCCUCGUCCGCGUCGACCCCUUCCGCCCCGCCAACGAGCAGGAGCGGAUCCACACCCGCUGGCACCCCGACAUCCCGCCCGUGUGCUCGCUCGAGCUCGGCAAGGCGUUCAACGUCGAGUGCAUGGACUACUCUGGCUUCCAGAUCAACAACGAUGACUGCGCCGACGACGUCCUCGACAUGGACCACGACUCGGACCACCACCUCUCUGGACCGUUCCACGUUCCCGGGGCGCAGCCGGGCGACGUGCUCGAGAUCGACAUCCUCGACGUCCAGCCCCACCCCCUCCAGCCAUGGGGAUACUGCAUCACGUACCCAGGCGUCGGGGCGCUCGACCUGCCCGACGAGAAGACAAAGGUCACCAAGACGAUCUGGGAGUUUGAGGGCUGCGAGACGACAUCACGACACGUCCCGCACGUGCGCUUCCAGUCGCGCGCGCACCCCGGCGUGAUUGGCACCGCGCCCUCGGCCGAGCUGCUCGCCAAGUGGACCGAGCGCGAGUCCAAGGUCGCGGCCGCGCAGCGUAGCCGCCACGGCAACACGGAGAUCACGCUCCCGCUCGUCAAGGGCGCGUACGUCGGCCAGGAGCUCGACGACGCCACCCGCCAGAAGAUCUACGCCGAGGGCGCCCGUACCUCGCCUGGACGCGAGCACGGCGGCAACAUUGACAUUGGCGCGCUUGUCCGCGGAUCAAAAGUCUACCUGCCCGUCUACGUCCCCGGUGCCAACCUGUCCGUCGGCGACCUGCACUUCUGCGAGGCGGACGGCGAGCCGACGACGGCGAUCGAGAUGCCCGGCGUCGUGACCCUCCGCGUCAACCUCAUCCGUGGCGGUAUCCGCGCGCUGGGCAUCCACACGCCCAUGUACGAGACGAGCCCGAGCGAGGUGCUGUACCGCAACCGCCUCGUGUUCACCGGGCUGAGCGUCACGCCCGAGGGCGAGCAGACGGACCGCGACGGCAUGGUGUCGUACCGCAACGCGGCGUUCAGCGCCAUGCAGUACCUCGGCAAGAUGGGCUACUCGCGCGAGCAGGCUUACGUGCUCAUGUCGGCCGCACCGAUCGAGGUCAAGGUCGUCGCGACGGCAAACCAGCCCAACUACGUCGUGUCUGUUGGCUUGCCCGUCGACAUCUUCGAGUUUGACAUCCGGCCAAGGGCUCUGGGCGAGCCCAAGCCUUCUAUUCCGGGCCCGGCUGUGUUGAGUGAGGAGAGGGCGACGAGGGAGGCGGCGGCGAACGGCGUCGCCAACGGUAAUGGCCACGCCAACGGGCACUAG